AUGGCUGGUCUAAAUUGGACAUUUGAGAAGCUCGCCGACUACUAUGCCCACCCAACGUUUGAACAAUUUGUGUUAAAUCCCAUCAUAGAACGACUUCUCUCGACUUGUCCCGGCUCCUCUAUCUUCAGCAUUGGCGGCCACUCUGUCGUGCUCCGCAUCUCCCCUACUAUAGUGGCCAAGGUGUCCCUGAAGGCAGGCGACGAGCGUCUGCGUAACGAGCAGGCAUUAUUCGAGUUGCUUGCCGAGUCCAACUGCCCACACCUUGUCCGAUGCCAUCUCCACGCUUCGGACGUAAGCUUCCUCGAGCUCAUAGCAAACGGCAUCCUUCAUGAUCGCAUGCACACUGCCAAACCUCGACCCGUUUUGGCCUGGAUGCUGCAGUUGUCGCACGCAGCCGCGUGCUUGGAAGCGAUAGGCUACGCCCAUGGUGACAUCAACCCGAUAAACAUCCUGCUCGACGACAAUGACCAGGUCAAGCUCAUUGAUUUUGACCACUCGCUCAAGGUCGGCGAUGGGCUUUAUGUCGGCUACGAGCCCUACGUUCGAAAUUUCAGAGAGCCGAAGGGUGGUCAAUAUGGAGUUGCCGGCCCGGCCACUGAGCAGUUCGCUCUCGGGUCGGUCUUUUGGUACAUGACGCGCGGAACCGAGCUGUACUCUGAGCUUGAAGGGCAUGAGCAAGUCGACCGCUUGCUCGACGGCAUCUUCCCCACGACCGACCCACAAGACCCGAUCGAUCGCAUUAUCAGUAAUUGUUGGAACGGCCACUAUCCUAAGAUAGCCGAUCUCGUCGAUGAGAUCCAGGUUGUAUCGGGAUUAAACUUGCAGACUCAGAAUGACGGAACUUCGAGUCAGGGGCAGGAGCCAAGGCUACUUUGCGAGGAGUACUGUAAGAUGGCAAACCUGACUCUUACUUAA